GAAACAAUAUGGACUUUAGUAAGGGAUCCUGGAAACCAGGAAAAGCUUUUAAUGUUGGAGACCUCUCCUCAUUGCUGGAUGAUAAGUCAGCAAACAGGAUAGCUGCUGAUGUUAAGCAUGCCAUGCCGCCUAGGCCUAAGAAGAGUCAGGAAGGCUCAGGUAUUCUCAACCCUUAUGUAAAAGCCUCAGACUAUGGGAAGAAAGGUCAUGCUGGCUACAAAGCUCCGAAGAAGGCCCAGAGCCGAGGAAGCUCCCAAGAUCGAGACCUCAUGUCAACAAUGAUGAGUCGGCUCACUGCUUUAGAGAAGGUUAACAGAUCUUUGAAAAAGGAAAUUCAAGAGAAAUCUAUUCGUAUUGAGAACCUUGAGAAAGAGAAUGAGCGCCUAGAAUUCUCCUCUAACAAAGAUUACUACAAGAAACAUAUUGAAUUAGAAGGAGAAAGGAAUAGGUAUAAGAAGCAAUGUGAAGAAAUGACCGUCUUCUUAGAAGACUAUGGCUUAAAAUGGGUGGGAAAUGACUCUAAAAAUGUUGAAGGCAAGUUUGACUCUGAUGCUAUCCACAAAGAGCUCGCACACCAAGCUCCUAACUAUAGGAAUAGCCUUCCCAGCGAGAUUGACACAGAGAUCCUGUCUAGAAGAAUCGAGGAGCUAAAUUUUAUUGCUGAAAAGAACAAGUUGGUAGAGACAGAUGGUGCUUUUAAGUUUAAGAAGCAUGAUGAAUUUCCCAUUUGGUUCUUCAAGAAUGGGCUAGUUCUAAGAGGAUUUCCGUUCUAUCCAUACUACUCAAAGGAGGCUCAAAGUGUGCUGUCAGAUAUCCUUGAUGGGUACUUCCCAUAUGACCUCAAGAAACUAUACCCUGAAGGUGUACCCCUAAAGCCAAUAGAUAGAGUCGGUGAGGUAUACAACCCUAAUGAAGAGAAAAAGGAAAAACAGUACAAACAAGUACAAGAUUUUGACAGUGAGCCUGUCACCAGCAUCAGCAAGAAGGAAUUCUUGGACAGAUUCCCAAAGAACGUCAUCAAGAACGGCAAGAUUAUCCCGAUUAGGGAUGAGCUUGAGAAGAAAUUCAAAGAAACUAAGAAGCUAGACUUGUCUAAGCUCAACACAAAUGAGCCGAUUGAGAUCGAUACCCAUGUCAUAGAAUCUGAAACUGAUGGUGUUGAAUAUGAUAAGUCUGAGAUUGUUUCUCUCAGGAUUAGGACUGAGACAGGAAAAAGAAACUUGUUGUUAAAGCUUCUUGUAACUGACACGAUGAACAUCAUAUACGAGUACAUCCAGCCAUACCUUGAAGACGGCACCUCUAAGGUAGAGAUCAGAAGCAACUUCCCAAGAAAGACUUAUGAGAAAGAGGGAGCAGAGAACUUAAAACAGUUAGGAUUAUUCCCAUCUGCUGCUUUGGUGAUUCAUAAGGUCUAG